AUGACCAAUGAAACAGAGAAAGUGGCUGGUGAUCCUGAAACCGUAUUUAAACAUCCCAGGGAAUCUGAUAGUCCUCCUUAUCAGAAAAGGCAGAAGAUGGCCCUGUUGGCAAGGAAACAAGGAGCAGGAGAUGGCCUUAUUGGAGGCUCUGCCAUGUCCAAAGAAAAGAAGCUUAAGACAGGAGUUGGUAUUCCACCCAGCCAAUUGGAUUCUCAGAUUGAUGACUUCACUGGCUUCAGCAAAGAUGGGCUGAUGCAGAAACCUGGCAGAAAUGCACCUGUCAGAGUCAUUGUUACCAGCAGUUUCUCUGGAGAUGACCUAGAAGUCACAGAAAUACUCCCUUUUUCAAGAAUCCAAAAAGAUAUUAAUGCUGAAAUAAAAGGCAAAUUAAUGAAGGAAAUAACAAGAAAAAAAAACAACAACAAAAACGUCAAAUUGCCUGAAAGACUGCAAGCACCUGCAGAAGUCAAGGGACGCUAUUUUGAAUCCAUCAUCAAGGAAGCAGCAAGGUAUAUGAGAGGAGACUUAAUUCAGAACUUUGAGAAGAAAUUGGAAGAAAUGAUUUGUGGGUACUUGUAGAAGAAGGAUCAUCACACCCCUAAUGCAUAAUCUUGUUAAUGAUUGAGGAGAAAAAUGAUCAGAUUGCUGUUUUCUAAAAUGGAGCAGGAUAUUGCCAAAGCCUCCAAGCAUGUGUUAGUGAAUAAAGUGGCCCCCCAGAGGCUAGGAAAUAUCUAUUAGUAAAAGCUAGUCUUUUUCCCUACGCAUUUCAUUUGAAAGGAUAACUUGUUUGUUGGUUGGUUUGUUUUCCCUCCUGUGCUGAUAGACAUUAUUAACACAUCAGGUAAAUAUUGUUACAGUCGUGGUUUCUGCAGCAGCCCACAUUGUUGUAGCUGGUAUUUAUAACUGCCUUCUUUCACUGCCCGUUUCUCAUUCCCUUUGCCCUGGGGAAAGCGUGUCAGUUGGUCAUGGUGCUUGGCCUGGCAGAAUGACUCAAACCUUCAUUACUGGAGUCUGAACCAUUAGAUGUCCUGCCUAGAUGGGGAUGCUAUAAUUUUUCAUUAACU